GAACGCGCGAUCCUUUUUACAAGGAAGGCGAUCUCCGAGCGAGGUUCUAUAACGAGCGGUUCCGAUAUCUUACUUACACACACACUCUACCUACCUACCUACCUUGCUUCACCAAAAAACGCACACACACCUGAGCUUUUCAUUCAGUCGGUGCUCUGCUAUCAAACUAAUAGCAACAACAUUUGCACCAAUCCAUUCACAACGGAGCUACACAGAGGGAGAGAGAACACAAACACACACACAUAAAUUAACCGAAGAGGAUCUCCAAUAAGAUGUCAAACUUUUUCACUGAUAUGUUCAUUGCACGUCAUGGCGACGAACACGAUCAUGAUCACGAUCAUGACCACGAGGAAGAAGGUUCUCCGGUGAUCGCGAAGGUCGUCGCAAUGUGCGUACUCUUCCUGGCAUCCUUCAUUAUCGGAUGCCUUCCAAUCAAACUGGCAAAGAUCUUCCACUGGGACAAGAACGCGAAGAACAAUCGCGUCGUCCAGUUUCUGCUGUGCUUGGGAGGCGGCGUCCUCCUCUGCACCACCUUCCUGCAUCUGCUGCCAGAAGUCGCGGAGCAAAUCCAAGAGAUGCAAUCGGACGGAACGUUGCCAGAGUUGAAGAUACAUUUCGCGGAGUUCCUCAUGUGCGUCGGAUUCUUCACCAUGUACCUGGUGGAGGAGAUCGUGCACUAUUACCUGCACAGAAAACAGAAGAACAGCGAUAUGUGCGCGCUGCGGAGGAGUCUCUCGGUGAGACGCGGCGACGUCAGCAGCGUUUCCACUUCGGAGCUGGUGAAGAGCAUGGAGGAAGCUAAACCGAAUCCGUUGGAGUUCCAUAACAGCCACAGACAUUCGGAGCGUUCGGGUCACAGCCACGUCGAGCAUAGCCAUUCCGAGCAUGCAGGUCACAGCCACGUCGGUCACAGCCACGUCAUCAUCGAUGCUGAAGAUAGCAUAGUUCAGAGCAUCCGAGGGUUGCUCGUCGUGUUAGCCUUGUCUGUUCACGAACUCUUCGAGGGCCUCGCCGUUGGAUUGGAGUCCGCGCCAUCGAACGUGUGGUACAUGUUCGGUGCCGUGAGCGCUCACAAACUGGUGAUAGCCUUCUGCAUUGGAGUCGAGCUGGUGUCCACCAAAACGCGCACCAUUCUAACUGUGAUAUACGUGUUCACCUUCGCCGUCGUCAGCCCGUUGGGAAUCGGCAUCGGCAUCCUGGUCAGCGGCGAUGGUGAAUCAGAGACGGCCGUAGCAUCUGUGAUAUUGCAAGGACUCGCGUCCGGCACCCUUCUAUACGUCGUCUUCUUCGAAAUCCUCCAAGCCGAAAGGAAAGGAGGCAUCCUCCAAUGGCUCGCCGUCUUCGUCGGGUUCCUCUUGAUGUUCAUCAUCACUCUGUUCGCUGGACAUGAGCACAGCCACGGUGGACACGAACACGAGCACGACCUUCACGAGACGUCGACCCACGUCCCCACGAAUCUUUUCUGAGAGCAAACUUGAAAUGCAAACUCCUACUAGACUACUAAUUAAGGCAUAUUUUGAUGAAAUGGUAUUUCGCUGGAGGAGCGCGACAUCCCCGAAUCCUGCCAAUUCAAAUUCGUUAUUAUUAUUAUUAUGGUAUUCCUUAUGUUAUGCAGUAAUUCUUUUGUUUUAUUAUUAUUAUUAUUACUCUCGGGGAUCUCGGGAAACGUAAGAAACAAAACAAAAACAAAAAGAAGUUAAACGUCAAUUAUACAAACUGUACUGUGAUAGAAUCACAAUAAUCAUGUUAUAUUGUAAUGUUCGAUUUUGUUUUUUUUUUAUUAUUAUUUUUUUUCUUUUGUUUUAAGUACGUAGGUAAUACGUAUUCAGAGCAUGAUAAUUAUGUAAAUAUUAGUUGCCUAGAGACGAAUCAAUAAGGAGGAGUCAUGCAACGAAAAUUCAAUUGUAAAUAUUUAUUCAGUGCGCUAUUCCUUAAGUUAACUAUCCUGACUUGAUUAUAUUUAAAUAAUAUUUUUACAUGUAUACACAUAUUAUAUUAUAAGCAAUAAAACUUAUAAAGCAUA